AUGGCUUCACGUCCUGCCAAAAGGCAGCGAAGGUCAACUCGAGUGCUUUCGGACGACGAUGACGAAUACCCACCUGCUUCUGAUCUGCCGGUCCGAACUCCUAAGGCUCAGAGACAGCUCUCACUCGACAACGGAGGCGGAGCAAUUACGCUUUCUCCCAGCUCUACGCGCACACACAGUCUGCAAUCAACACCAAAGAAGAGCGGUAAAGCAUCACCAAGGACCAGCCCAGACAAAACACGAAAGAGUACACGGUUGAAGGAGCCUGAGAUUUCCAAAUCGCUGCACAGCUUCUUUGGGAAAGCCUCGGAAGAACAAAGAUGGCAACGAAACAAGUCAAAUACGCCCGAGGUCGUUCUAGCCGGCGACGACCUCGAUGCGAUCGUGGAUGAUGACCUGUCGGACGAAGCCCUACUGGCUUUGGAAGAGUCUGCCAGCAGCACAAGUGCACUCGAUAGGCGGAAAUCUAUGAUCAAGCCUGUAACCAAUGGGAUGGGCACAUCGAAUGGGAGGAAGUUUGUCAAACCCUCGAUACCUUUCAAGAGGCCAAACGCGCCAUCUGAAAGCCCGUCUGUGAGAACUGAACAGGAGUCUUUCGGCCCAUGGUCGGAGCGAUACGGUCCGACAAAACUCGAUGAACUCGCCAUACACAAGAAGAAAGUGUCUGACGUACAACAAUGGCUUGACGGUGUCACUUCUGGCCGGCUCCGCCAGAGGCUACUGGUGUUGAAAGGCCCUGCAGGCAGUGGGAAGACUGCCACGGUGGGGCUGAUUGCAAGGGAACUUGGUCUGAGCCCCGUCUUUUGGCAGAAUCCAGGGGUGGUCGACACUGCUACAGGUGGCUCUGUGGCCGCGCAGUUCGAUGACUUCCUCAAUCGUGGCGGGCAGUUUGGAACUCUGGGCCUCACUGCUGCUCACGACACCGAAACAGCCGCCGCUGCGGAAAGGCAGCUACUGAUUGUUGAAGAGUUUCCAACAUCGAUGGCGAGAUCGGCAGAGUCCUUCCGCACGGUUGUCAGUCGCUUUCUUGCUCGAGGAAGCCCAGGUCCUGCACAGCCCUUCAAGAACGUGCAACACAGCAGUGUGCCGACAUUUCCCGUUGUCAUGAUCAUUUCAGAAACACUGCUCAGUUCAUCUACAGCUUUCUCUGAUAGCUUUACUGCUCAUCGUCUACUUGGCCCCGAAAUUCUCAACCAUUCCUCUACCAAUGUUAUCGAGUUCAAUCCGGUGGCACAAACUUUUAUCCACAAAGCACUUGAUCUGGUAGUCAGGAAGGAGGCUCGAGAUUCUCUGCGGAGACGGAUCCCCGGCCCUGCAGUGAUGCAGCGUUUAGCAGAGAUGGGCGAUGUCCGCAAUGCUGUGAACGCUCUCGAGUUUCUGUGUGUACGAAACGACAGUAGUUCGGACUGGUCUGGCACUGUUGCUGGUAAAUCGAAAAAGUCUGCCAAAGACUCUGCAAACCUGACCGCGAUGGAACGCGACUCCUUGAAGCUUGUCAGUCAGCGAGAGACCACGCUUGAUAUGUUCCAUGCUGCGGGCAAGGUUGUGUAUAACAAGCGCGAAGAUCCACGGGUAGCAGAUCUGAAAGCUGAACCACCACCUAAGCCACCCGAUCAUCUUAUGCAUCUCUACACUCCGAAAGUAUCACAAGUCGACAUCGAAGCACUGUUCAACGAGACCGGCACUGACAUUCAAACAUUCAUCUCGUCCCUGCAUGAAAACUAUGCUCUGUCCUGUAAUGGCGACUCUUUCGUUGAGACGUUCACCAAUUGCGCUGCGGCACUCUCAGUAAGCGACACACUCAACCCCGAGUCCCGAAGGUCUCUCCGCAGUAAGACAGGCAAUGCUGCAGUCAACUAUUCAGCAAUGCAGACGGGCGGCACGGACUCCUUGAGGCAAGAUGAGAUCAGCUUCAAUGUGGCUGCACGGGGUCUUCUCUUUCACCUGCCACAUCCGGUCAACCGUGCAGCUCCCAGUAGCGGCAGAAGUGCCGAUAAGUUCAAGAUGUUCUAUCCCACGAGCUUGAGAUUGUGGAGACCUACGGAAGAAGUCGAUUCCCUCAUCUCGUUGUUCACCCAUGACAAGAGCCUGUUAAACGAAGGCCUACAGUCUUCGGUCGGCGGCGUGGCCAGCUGGAAGAAUACCAGCUUUGGUCCGUCUCAUUCAGCUCUAGAAGAUCUGGCAGACGAAACAGUUCCGCCAAGGAGAGCUCUGCCUUCGCGCGAUGACCUUGUUGCCGAUGUAUUGCCAUACCUGGCUCGCAUCAAGUUGGCCCGGAAGGAAGAUACCAAGCUCAUCGACCGCAUCACGCAGAUCCAAAAUCUCAGUAUGCCACUCUCAGGCGAAGAGCCAGAUGAUGAGCAACCCAAGGAGGAGAUCAUCGUGGGAGCAACCAAAGUCCGAGGCAGUUUCUCAACAGCAGCAGCAACCUCUCAGUUGAGACGGCCAGCUGGAAGCGUAACCCCCAAUCAGAUGGCGGCGCCACUCAGUCGAGGAAGCCAGAGCAGAGGAGACGACAGCACGAGCAGCCAGAUGGAGAACCUGUUCCUUGCAGAUGACGAUAUAAUCGAUGAUUGA